AUGGCGCAAUUUUUAAUUGAGCAAAUACGAUACAUACACGAAGAAAUUGAAUUAAUAGAGAAGGCAAUAGCAGAACUGAUUGAAGAGAAGGUAAAGAACAGUAAGAAAAGUAUUUUGUAUGAUUACUCCAUAAAUUAUUUAGUGGAAAAAGUGCAAAAGAAAUCAAAACUGUUGUUGCAAUAUUAUAAUGAUGAAGACAAUUUAAAAAAAGAAGAGAUGCAAUUUAUAUCUGGAAAAACAAAUGAUGAGAAGAAUGAUGUGUGGAAAAAUUAUUACGAGAGAAUUAAAUAUGUUAAAGAUUAUCAUAAAAAAACAAAUAUUAAAAAGAUCGAAAUUAAGAGUUACAAGUUAUAUAAAAAUGAAGCCUUAAAAAAUAAUAAUUUGAAGGAACUUUUUUCACCUUUAGAAAAAAAAGGAAAAUAUAUGGACAUGAGUAAAUUUUACAAUGAUUUUAUAAAUAUCAAAAAGAUUAAAGAAUUCCGCAUGAACAUGUUUAGAAAGAAGGAAAUGAUUAACCGGAAAAAAAAAAGCGUAUCUACCAAAGGAGGAGGCGCUAAUAGUGUAAACAACAAUAGUGGAGGUACUCAUAACGGAAGCGGAAACGACGUAGUUCCAAAUAAUGAUGGUGCAAACGAGAACAACUGCACGAGCAGGAGCAAACAUAGCAGCACAACACGCUUGAACGAAUUCAAGGAAAUGGACCUAGUAACCUAUUUGCAUAAUUUUACGAGGUUUUACUACAUUCCAAGAUAUUGCAAAUACAGAAAUGAAGAAUACAAAAAUUAUUUACAAAACUUGUUACAUUAUUUGAUGACGUUUUUUCAAAAAAUCAAUAUACUUGUGGAUUGUCAAAAAACGUUUGCACAAUAUGAAAAAAGCUUUAAUGAAAAAUUUGAAAAUAAAGAAAUAAAACAAUGGGAAAAAUUUACUUAUGAUUUAGAUAACUAUUGUAAUAUUAACGAUAAGUUAUAUGCAUCGGAAGGGACCUAUAAAUGCUAUCUGAAAAGUAAAAAUUAUGACGACGAUUUAAAGAAAUAUUUAAAAAAACAAUAUACAGUGGAACAAUUACAAGAAAUAAAAAAAAAUAUAGAAAUAGAGGAUAAAGAAAUGGCAAAAUGGGAGUAUUUAAUUGAGCUUUACAAAAAUAUUUUAAAUAAAAAAUUUCAAAAAACUGUUGAGAACAUACAAAGAAAACAAGCUUUUACAAUUGAUGAAAUACAAAAAAGAAAAAAAGCAGAAAAGAAAAAUGAGCACCUGCUGAGUAUAAAGGAUGACAUUCUGAAUAGCAAAAAUAAUGGUACUAUAAAUGGUAGUAGUAUUACUAAUAGUAUCACUAAUAAUGGGAUUAAUUAUGAUCACACCAUUGAUGCUUGGCUUAAUUUAAAUUUAUCAGCGUCCUCAUCAGAUUAUGACUCUUCCGAAUGCUCUGAUGCAGGUAGUAAUGAACAAGAAGAAGAAGAAGAAGAAAAUGAGGAUGAAAAACCUAUUUACAAUCCUUUAAACUUACCAUUAGGAUAUGAUAAUAAACCCAUACCUUAUUGGUUAUAUAAAUUACAUGGUCUUUCAAAAGAAUAUAAAUGUGAAAUAUGCGGAAAUUAUUCUUAUUUCGGUAGAGCAAUGUUCGAAAAACAUUUCUACGAAUGGAGGCAUUCCUUCGGAAUGAAAUGCUUAAAUAUACCAAACACAUUACACUUCAAAGAAAUUACGAAAAUUGAGGAUGCAUUAAAUUUGUACGAAAAACUUAAAAAACAGACACAACUGAAUAUUUUUAAGCCUGACCAGGAAGUGGAGUGCGAAGAUUCCAAGGGAAACGUUAUGAACAUAAAAGCCUAUGACGAUUUGAAAAGACAGGGCUUGCUCUAA